AGAAGCUGCGAUAAUAUCUGUCUCGUGUUUUAUCAAAAUUACACGCGAGAGCCGGUCUUCCAGCUGAUAUGUUAACAGAGAGUUCUAUUAAUGGAUUCCAAUGACCGUUUGUGACUGGCAGACACAAAGGCACGAUGAUUCACAUAACGUGAAGUGAACAGUUGCUUGCUUGUGUUCAAUUGUAGCAAAAGAAUGCCAAAUCUGUUGCUUGUAGUGAGCCAGUGGCGCGUGGGCCACCGAUCGAUAUGGUCGUUGCGUGGGUAGCUGCGGUAGUGCUCGCCGCAACCGCGCUUGGCGCUACUAUUGCGCGUAUGACCUAUAGUGCGAGUAAUACCUCUGCGAACGCCGUCGUCUCAAACUUUCAUAAACUCAAGUCGAAUUGUGAGGAACUUACAACGUCGACAGAAAAACAAUUGCUAGAGAAAUCGAGUUGCGGGAGAGUUUGGGUGACAAUCCAUUCGCCUGCGAUCAGAUUGGCCGGCGGAGGGGAAAUACUGGAUGCUAUUGAACUUAACUGGGACUUUGCCGAUUGCCACGACGCACCUGGACAAAUUGGUCUUUUUGAUCAUCAACCUGGUACGUGGAAUGAUGCGUUAGUUUUCUACCCGAUAGAGUCACCGCAAGGUCGCAUCGUGACGAAGACAUCUCUGGGAGCGAGCACAUUGCCUGCUGGUUGGAACACCGGCGCUGGUGCUAAAGGACCACACUGUCUAUGGCCUUGGGUCGGCGCCGGACAAUCAAAAGACAAUGCCGAAAUCAAGGCGUAUAACUGCUUGAAGAUACAACCAACAUGGAUGGAAGAUAACGCAGCUAAGAUCAACAAGCUCCGGAUCGGUCAUUUGGUGCUACCAGGCGCACAUAAUGCGGGCGCAUGGAGCUUCGACACGGAAAUCAGCAGUGUGACCAGAGACAAUUUCGUCCUCUGCCAGGACCGCUCCAUCUGGGCGCAGCUCGUCCACGGCAUCAGAUACUUGGACUUUAGGAUAGGAUACUAUGAAUUUUAUACGGAUAAAGAUGAAAGAUACUGGUUAAAUCACAACUUAAUACGAGUCCGUCCUUUGGCGCCCUUACUGAAGGAAAUUAGAGCUUUCUUAGAUGCCACUAACGAGGUUGUCUUUCUGGACGCACACCACUUCCCAGUGGGGUUCUACGAGCAGGACGGCAGCCCAAUACGCAGUGUGCACGCUGGCUUGUUGGAUCUAGUGAAGCGUGAACUGGGUCCGCACCUCGCACAUGCGCAGCAACUGGGCACCGGCCCAGGCACCCGGGGACCCACGCUGCAGUCUCUUAUCAACGCUAACAAGCGUCUGCUGUUUAGUUACGUCGAUCAUGCUGUUGUUACAGAAAACAGAUGGCUGUGGCCGAUCCUACCUCACCUAUGGGCAAAUACGAACAGUCCCACUCUCUUAUUCGAGUACUUAGAUGAUGCUAUACCGUCAUCACCACAACCACAUGCGCUCUCACCAUUAUUCUCAGCUAUGGCACAAACGACACCAACAGUACUAGAUAUUCUCCUGCUUCGCGGGUCACUGCGAGCGAAUGCUGAAGCUGUUAAUAAAGUAGUAACCAGUCGACUGUACAACCAAUGGCGACGUCACGCUAACAUAAUCUCAACAGACUUCUUCCUAGGCAACGAUGUCAUCGACCUAUCGAUAGCACUUAGCUCAGAACGAGGAGCUCGAUUAUGACGAAGUGAAACAGCUCUACGGGUAAAUAGGUCGAUUUGAGGUCGCUCGUUAGCAAGCCGCCUCGCAAUUUGUUCUGUUCACACCGCACAGAUUUAUCUAGUUUAAUAAUGAUCGCAUUCAAUGCUACACUGCCAUACUUUCCAUUGGGGAUACUAUAGUGAGAUAUUUUGUAAGUUCUAUUUAGAAAUGAACAUAUCAUAUAUUCCGGAACAGAAGUUUACAAGCUUCAUACUCUAAGACUACAGGGACUGCAGUUUCAAAAGCUCAUCUUGUAUCAAACUUAUGUAUUGACACGCGAUGUUUCUAGUUCCGUAGUCAUUAAGAAAAUUAUAGAGGUUCAAAAAUUAACAGAAAAAGCGCAGCAAAGAUCAAUAUAUGAAAAGAAACUCACGACUAUUGUUUGUAUUCCAAAUGUAAGUCAUUGCGACUAUGAUAUAAUAAACUUAUCGGACACUAAAUAUUCAAUACUUACCAUAAUGAAAAUGCGCAUUUUCGAGUUUUGGGACUUCUGCUCAGCAAGGAUGUUUUUUGUACAUAUGUAAAUUACGGUAUUAUAUAAGAAUACAUCGAUUGUUAGACA